UCCCAGGAGACCUUUCGAAUCCCCAGCCCUGUGAAACUACAGGAAGUGUACCUAACUCCCUCCGGGCCACCUGCCGGCCAGGUACACACCUGCCCCGCCCCGCCCUUACCUGGGGCAGUGUCUGCCUGCUGGCCACUAGAGAGCCCAGCCUGAGGCCAUGGAAGAAAACCCAACCCUGGAUUCAGCAGCUUGGGGCUCUUCUAGCGGGUGGCUGGCCCCCCGGGAGGCCAGAGGAGGCCAGUCUCUGUCUUCUGUGCUGAAUGAACUGCCCAGUGCUGCUACCCUUCGGUACCGAGGCCCUGGGGUGCUGCCUUGGGGGACGCCAGAGGAGGAGGAAGAGGAGGAGGAUGGAGGAAGGAGCAGGCAGGCUUUUGCAGAAGUCACCCAGACAGAGCUACAGGACCCUCACCCUUCCCGGGAACUGCCCUGGCCCAUGCAGGCCAGACGGGCACACAGGCAAAGCCACGCCAGGGACCAGUUGGUCCAUGGCUCUGGAUCUAGGAUGGACCAAUGGGCACGGCUGCUUCGGAGGUCCAAGGAGAAAACAAAGGAAGGCUUGCAGCGCCUGCAGCCCUGGGCAUGGACACUGAAGAGGAUCGGGGGUCAGUUUGGCGCCGGCACCGAGUCCUACUUCUCUCUGCUGCGCUUCCUGCUCCUUCUCAACCUGCUAGCCUCAGUGCUUAUGGCCUGCAUGACGCUGCUGCCCACCUGGUUGGAAGGCGCUCCCCCAGGCCCUCCCGGCCUCAACACCUCCUCGCCCUGCGGCUUCUACAACCCCCAUUCCCAGGGCCUGGUUACCUUCGACACCCAGCUCUUCAACUUGCUCUCGGGAGAAGUAGGUGCCUGGGUCCCUGGGAGAUUCCCCCACCCCCCUAUAGAUUUUGUUUCUCCUUUCUGUCUUUGUCUCCCUUUCUCCCAAUCUCCUUCUGGGACCUCUGUCCCUCCUCCAAAUCUGUCUUCCUCAGGGCCUCUGCCCCUCUCACCCUUGGUUUCGGGCCCCUUCGAUCCAGGGCUCUGUCCCUAUCUCCUAGGUUACUGCCUCUCUCUUUGGGGUUCCUGCACCCCAGGUCUGUGUCUGAAUCUCCCUUGGACUUUGCCUUCAGUGACUGUAUGUGUAUCUGCCUCUGACUCUCCAUCAUGUGGCAGCUCGCCUAGUGCCCAAGUCUUUAGGGUUCAUCUUCCCCAUUUCUCCCAUAUGAGAUGGCCCCCCAUAACCCCGUUCCUGGCUGUCCUUUCACAUCCCAUCUCCCGGGUCGCCCCUCUCAGCUCGGUGUCCGGGCUGAAGCAGACACUGCUGGCAGAGUCUGGGGCUCUGACCAGCUACAGCCACCGGGUGUUCUCGGCCUGGGAUUUCGGCCUCUGCGGGGACGUCCACGUGCGGCUGCGCCAGCGCAUCAUCUUGUACGAAUUACAGGUGGAGCUGGAGGAGACGAUGCUGCGUCGCCAGGCUGCGGUGCGGACGCUGGGCCAGCAAGCCAGGGUUUGGUCGGUGCGGGUGCUGCUCAACCUGCUGGUGGUCGCGCUCCUGGGGGCAGCGUUCUAUGGCGUCUACUGGGCUACACAGUCCACCGUGGAGCUACAGGAGACGCCCCUUGUCCAGGAGAUGCCACUGCUGAAGCUUGGGGUGAAUUACCUUCCGUCCAUCUUCAUCGCCGGGGUCAACUUUGUGCUGCCGCCCGUGUUCAAGCUGAUUGCUCCACUGGAGGGCUACACCCGGAGUCGCCAGAUCGUUUUAAUCCUGCUCAGGACCCUGUUUCUUCGCCUGGCCUCCCUGGUGGUCCUGCUCUUCUCUCUCUGGAAUCAGAUCACUUGUGGGGGCGACGCCGAGGCUGAGGACUGCAAAACCUGUGGCUACAAUUACAAAGAACUUCCGUGCUGGGAGACUGUCGUGGGCCAGGAAAUGUACAAGCUCCUGCUCUUUGAUUUGCUGACUGGCUUGGCAGUCGCGCUGCUCAUUCAGUUUCCUCGAAAGCUCCUCUGCGGCCUCUGUCCUGGGGCGCUUGGUCGUCUGGCAGCGACCCAGGAGUUCCAGGUGCCCGACGAGGUGCUGGGGCUUAUCUACGCGCAGACUGUGGUCUGGGUGGGGAGUUUUUUCUGCCCUUUACUGCCCCUGCUUAACACGGUCAAGUUCCUGCUGCUUUUCUACCUGAAGAAGGUAAGGGAUGGGGGAACCCUUGGGUCUGAGGCAGGAGGCUCCUGGGUCCUGGGCAAGGAAGAUUUUGGGGGCCUGGACUACGAGGCGCAGAAUAAAGUCUUCCUGGCACGGCGCGCUGUGGCGCUGAGCUCCACCAACCCGGCUUUUUGACCUGUGCAGUCCAUGUCCCACCUUCAGACCCCAGGCCAAUUGUAAGCCUAGGACACAUCUGUAAAACUAGGAGAACUGGAGAAGACGCCACGCUCUUCCAGCUCUAGGAUCUGGAGAUUUCCAGGGACCCCGGCCGCCACGUCCCAGACUCUCGGGUGAUCUUUCUUCUACCAAUAAAUACAGCCAAGGUGCCUGAG